AAAGAUUACUUUCUGUUUCAACUCUGUUCAAGUGUAUAAAAAUGGAAAGCGUGUGUUAGCUGUCACUAUAAGGUUUCAUGCACUGGACUGCACCAUGGAGGAGAGCUUUCCUUUUCAUUACUCUUUAUGGGAAUAUCUGUUUUCUUGGGUGGGGUUGUUAUUUUUCCUGCUGGAUGUAGUAAUGGACAUCUUGACUGUUGUGUCACUUUAUCAGGAGGAGAAUUAUGUGUCUAUGGGGCUGAUGAUCUUUUUUCUACUGGGCUCCUCAGUGCUAUUACAGAUAUUCAGUUGGGUCUGGUACUCUGACUCUUUGGAUGAGCUUGAAACUAAGGUGGAGAAAUUUGCAAAGAAAAAAAAAUUGAUCAAACCAUUCCACUUUCUGCAGCUUGGUGUUUACCUCAGGUAUACUGGGCUGAUGGAGAUCUCGACGACGCAUUUUUUUCGUCAAACUAAUACUUUCACCGAGGGUGUAGCUGUGUAUCUGAGCCAUGAUCUUCAGAUGCUUCGUCUAUUUGAGGCGUUUUCUGAAAGUGCUCCGCAGCUCAUACUCAUGAUGACUUUAACUCUACAAAGAGGAGAGUUGGAGAUUUUAACAGGUUUGAAACUCCUCUCAUCAGUGGCCUCAAUUGCCAGUACUGUUACCACGUACCACCGCGGCAUGCGUGCUUUUCUUGAAGAUAAACACAAGAUGAGAUGGACCUCGACUGCUUUCUACUUCCUGUGGAACUUUCUGCUGAUGAUUCCCCGUGUGGCCGCUCUGGCGCUCUUCUGCAGUGUAUUCCCGUGCUACAUCACUGCUCAUUUUCUAUCUUCGUGGAUGGUGCUGGUUUUGGUGGCCUGGAGCCAGAAAACAGAUCUAAUGAAAAGUCAUUGGGAAUGGCUUUACAGAGCUACUGUUGGACUCAUCUGGUACUUCAGCUGGUUUAACGUGUCUGAAGGAAGUAUAAAAUUAAAGAGUGUCGUUUAUUAUAGUCUCAUGGGUUUGGACACGAUUUUGCUGCUGGGCUUCUGGUGCUGGAAGGUGGUUGAGUAUGCAGACAGUUGGAGUACGUUAAAUCCUUAUAUAGUGGUUCCAACACUACUGGGUUUGUAUGUGAUUGGAAUUCUAGUGGAAAUAAUAUACUACAGAUGGUUUCAUCCUACCUGUGACAAAAACAAAAUAGCUGAACCCAGUAAACCAACACCAAUAUUUAAAGUAGACUCAGUAGGCUUUCGCAAUACGACAGACUCUGGAGACUUUGAAGGGUCGCCUGCAAUUGCAGAUGAAGGUCCUGCUCCACCUGUCACUGGAGCUGUCAAGAGAAGCAGGACUUUGGCUGCUAAUUUCUUCUAGUUAUUUCCCUGCACACAUCUUUCCAACAUCACUCAUCCUUUUCCUAAAUGUAUAAUAAUUUAUUACA